AGUAAAGUAAAGAAAAUAGAAGCGCCAUCGUCAUCUUUCUCGUCAUAUUCCUCUCUCCAUAUUCCUCCAAGGGUGAAUAAUUGGGAGCUCACAAUUCUUCGGAAAUCAAAAGAGGAAUAUGUUGUUUUGUCAGCAUUGAAGUCGCAAUUAAUCCAAGUCCACAUUGAUUGGAAGCAGGAGAUGGAGAGAAGUCAGUCCUGUGUGGAUGCCUUGCAAGAGAAAGAUGCAAAGAAUGAAUUAGGUGUCCUCUGGCGUAGAGUUAAAACUGCUGCAACAUUAUUGACAUACUUGAAAUCGAAAGCAAGAAUCAUGGCCAUUCCCCAUAUGGCUCAUAUUGUUUGUGGUAUCAAACAACUAGAUGGAACAGGCCUUGUCGAUGAAAAUGGUGUACCGUUGUCUGUCUCAUCUAGAAAUAUAGAUCCGUCUUCCUUUGACAGUCCGGAUGGGGAAACGUGGACUGCACUUGGCAGUCAUCAUGGUUCACUCGAUGAAGAUGAUGUAGUUUAUAUAAAUGAAUUAUUCAGAAGUGUACAUAUGGUUGGAGAUGUGAUGGAAAGCCUUGUCAAGAGGGUAAUAGUGGCGGAGUCUGAAACUGCGAUUGAGAAGGAGAAGGUAACCGUGGGGCAGGAAGAAAUUAAAAGAAAGACCCUCCAAAUUGAAAAUAUGUCUUUGAAAUUACAAGAGAUGGAGCAGUUGGCACUGGGCACUAAUUGUAUUCUGAAUGAAAUGCGACAGAGGGUUGAAGAUUUGGUUAUAGAAACGUCUAGACAAAAGGAAAAAGCUGCAGAAAAUGAACAGGAACUCUGUCGCGUUAAGCAAGACUUCGAAUCUCUAAAAACCUAUGUCAGUAGUCUGAUUAAUGUAAGGGAAACACUUCUUUCGUCAGAAAAGCAAUUUCAGACUAUUGAGAAGCUCUUUGAAAGGUCAGUAUAUUUUAUUUUUAUUAUAUGUUCAUGAAAUUCUAGUCAACUUUUUUAUAACCUCUAUUUCCUGUUAAUGUGAUGACAAGUUGUUUUUUAUUUUCUUAUCUUUAAUUUUGUUGUCUCAUCUGUAGUUAUAGAUUUUUGCUUGCAACUUCUUCAGCUGUAGGUUGUCAUUUGAGUAGUUUAUAUCAGAAGAAAAUGGAAGAAGUUAUCAAAGGAGCAAAAUAGUGGGUAAAUGAAAAAGGCUCUUUUUAAAAUUUUCUUGAUAAAAGCCGCAAUUCGUUAGUCAAUUAAUUGUAACUAGAGAAUGCCCCUCUGCUGAGUUUUUCUUCUUCCUCUGAAGUUCAGAAAAAAUCUGACUCAUAGAAGUAUAUGAUUAUGGUUUUUGGAAAUAGAUUCAGUGGGGACAAAGUGAACAAGGUCGAAGCUUAGGCUAUGAAUGAGUUGUGUUGCUAGUGUAGAGAACCUUUGGUAACUGUGAAACUUUAUAAAUACCAUUUGUUUGAACAAAGAAAACUGUA